AUGAGGUCGGAGGACCCUUCGCAGGCGGCUCUGGAAGAAUGGUCUUCUUCUUCUUCGCGCUGUCAGCGCAGCGGAGAAGACACACAGAGAGGGCAGGGCUUCCGCUCAGCGGCGGCGCUUCCACCGUUGCGCGGCGUGUGGGCAUGUCGCGUUGCGGCGGAGAAGAGCGUGCGCGAGGCGAGGGAACAGCAGAGAGAGGGAGACGCAGGGCGUGAGCAGGCGCAAGAAGGUGAUGAGGGGGGAGGCGGGCGCGACAGAGAGACUACCGAGGGUGCAAAGUCGCCUUCGGGGCGCGCGUCUUCCUCCAUCCCCGCAUCGUCUCCCGUGUCACCUUCGAGUUCAUGCGCCGAGCAGGGGAAGCGGCGAAGUGAGGCCUCUCGAAAUGGAGAGGAAGGCGCAGGCGGAGACAGCGCGUCGGCGAGCAGUCAACGGGAGACCGGAGGGGCGGACGCAGAGGACACGCAGCAAAGUUCGGAUGCUGCUGGCGGCGCAGGCAGGAUGACGUUGGCCGCAGGGCGUGGGGGGGAGCAAGGGACAGGAGAGGAGGUGGUGAGCGCAGAAGGGGCGAGCACGCAGGAUGUCUUGUGCGAGGAAGGAGCAACAGGCACAGGGCACUCAGGGGGCGGGACGGCAAAUAUAUUCGAUACGAGGGUGCCAAGCGCCUGCGCCGUGAAAGGCGAUACAGAGAUCUCUCCGCCGUCUUCUCUCUUUGCCGCGUCGUCUGGCGGGCGCUCUUCUUGUCUCUGUGCUUCCGCGGAUUCUACUCACUUUGCUUCUUCCUCAACCUGCUCUGCUUGCUCCCUUGGGCUCUCUACGUUCGCUCCUUCGUCGUCAGCUCCAAGCUGCGCUCCGAGCCUGCCGUCGCCUGCGCUGGCUCCGCUGACGGGUUCGCCCUCCGUGCCUGCGUCUCGCUCUUCGCCCCCUGCAGCGUCUCCCAUCUCUUCUCCCUCAGCGUCGUCGCCACCGUCGAAUACGCCGACUGGAUUCAGAAACGGAGAUGACAAAGAGAUCGCCAAGCCCAGGAAGAUGAUUCUCCUGCGCAGAGGAGACAAUCGUCUAGCGCCUUUCGGCUUGAAGAGAGAGGCUGGCAAGGAUGACGCUCCAUCACACGCCUCAGGAAUCACGGCAGACGCUCAAGGCGAGCUCACUCAGGGCCAAGAUGGGAAGGGUGACGACGGCGAGGCUGCCGCAGCAGGCGGCUGUGGCCCACGCGUGCCUGCAGGAGCCGUGAAGAGUCUCGAAGAGCGAGAAAGAGAGUAUCAAGAGCUCCGAGCGCGCAUCUUUUCUUCCGCGCGGAGCAGGUCGCCUGCGUCGUCGCCGAAUGGUGCUGCGUCGUCCUCCUUCCGCGUCGCGCCGCGCAAGAACUUGACGCGCUCGCACCAGGAUCGCUUUGAUCCGGAGUUCAUGCGUGACCUUGUCGUGCCGCCCCCCUCGUGUACUUCCCCUCCGCGUCCUCCAAGCUACUUUGCCGCGGUAGGCCCGCCAUUCCCCUCUCGCGGGUGUCCUCCAGCUGUGUCCCAGGCGCCAAGUGGGUUCCCGGGGUGCGGGGGGGUCGGAGGCCCGCCUGCGGGCCUCCCUCACUGCCCCCAUGAGUUUGGCCCUGUGCAGGGGCCUUCGCCGUUUAUUCUCCCAGGUGGUCGUCCGUUCGCGUGUUCGCGACCGCAGGCAAGAAACCUCUACGGCGGCAGCAGCUCGCAGGGUUCUGUCGGACUGGACGGGCGCCACUCAAGAGCUGGCGGGCGAAGAGACCCGCGCGCGGACAUGGAGGGCUUCCAGGGGGUUAGCCCAGGGCCUGCUGUUUGUGAAGCAGCUCAGGGAGCGGUGGAGGCGAGCGGAGACGGUGGCGCGGCGCAAGGAGAUGGUUUUUCCCACCCGGGCGUUCGAGGGUUCCCCCGUUUUCAGCGCCCGCCGGCCGUGGAGGCGGGACAAAGCGGCGACCCGGACUACGGUGCCACUUCACAGUUUGAUAGACAGGAGGGAAGGAACGGAUUUCUUUUUCCACGUCAAGAUUACUCGUUCGCGUAUCCCGGGGUACCUGCGUACCCCGGGUUCCUGCCGAAUCCUAGCGCGUUGCCGCCUUACGCGGGCAUUCCCAUAGAAAGCACGUUUGCAGGCGUAUAUGUGCCUCAGGCCAACCCUCAGGCUGCCGGCGGAGUCUCACCUUCUGCGGCAGGGCGGUGUGUUAUCGGCGUCUCCGCGCCGGGACAUUUUGUCCCGGAGGACGCAGGUUUUCCGCACUACCCUUUUUCGUAUGACGCUCAGGUGGCCAUGAACGCGGGAGCCGGAUGGCUCUACCCUCCAUCCGCGGGGAGCGUCUCGCCCGCAACGCUUGACGGAGGGGGGCGAGGCGCGGACCCCGCCUGGCAAGGCCGCGUCCAGCCUUUCUCCGUCCCCCUGCCGCCCCCGCUGCGGGAGGCCGGCGUGGGAAGUUCGCCGUCGCGCUCUUUCGCUUCUGGGCAGGAGGCCCCGGGGCCGCGUGGCCCGCGCACCCCGGCCUUUGGGGUCUUCGCGGAUGGGCGUGCAGCUUCGCACGCCGGGGGCGGUUUCACCAGGAAGCCCGGCGCAGUGCGCGGCGCGCGUUCCAGCGGGUCGCAGAUUUCUGGGGUGCUGUGA